UCGUCUCGUGCUGGGCUGCCUCCGGAUACCGGCCGGCCGCGGUCAUUUCCUGCGGGAGCCACCAACCAGCCCACCCCGGCGCAGCCCCGCGGCCGCCGGCUCAGACGAGCGCAGCCCCCGAGGCGGCAGCAUCGCGGCGGCCGUCCCUCCCACGGACACCCUCGGCUCCGCGCGCCAGCUACCAGAAUGGCUGAGGCGACCACUGCCCCGAGCGAGACACACACUCUUGGGAACGAGUACGGGGACUACCACAACUGGACAGAGCUGUUCCACCUCCUGAACUAUACCUUCACUUUCUGCGAGUUCAGCCUGGAUGAGAAUGUCAAGCGGGUAGUCCUCUUCAUCCUUUACCUGGUCAUCUUCGUGGUGGGCUUGGUGGAGAACCUCCUUGUUAUCUGGGUCAAUUGGCAGACACGGGGCAACAAGAGCUUGGUGAACCUCUACAUCAUCAACAUGGCCAUCGCUGACCUUGGGGUGCUGCUCUCGCUGCCCAUCUGGAUGCUAGAGGUGAUGCUGGAUUACACAUGGCUCUGGGGCAGCUUCCUCUGCCGCUUCACACACUAUUUCUAUUUUGCCAAUAUGUACGCCAGCAUUUUCUUCCUUACUUGCCUGAGUGUAGAUCGCUAUGUGUCCUUGACGACUUCCUCCGUCUUCUGGCGUAAGCAUCAGCACCGUGCACGUCGCGUCAUCUGUGUCUGUAGCUGGAUCUUGGCAGCAGCAAUCCCAUUCCUGGAGGUUGCUCACAUGCAGCUGGUAAAUACCGGAGACCCCAUCUGCAUUUUCAUGGCACCCUUUGAGACCUAUGAUGACUGGGCCCUGGCGGUCAGCUUAGCCACCACCACCAUCGGGUUCCUCAUCCCUUUCCCCAUCAUAAUGGUUUUCAAUAUCCUGACGGCCAGGUACAUCAAACGCACCAAGCCAGAGAGCAGGAAGCACUGUCUGCUCAUCUAUGCCUACAUUAUCAUGUUCCUCCUCAGCUGGCUGCCCUUCCACAUCAUGCUCACACUGCUCACCCUCGACGGCAACCACAUCAUCCUCCACUGCACCUUUGCCCACUUCCUCUACUUCUUCUACGACAUCAUAGACUGCUUCACUCUGCUCCACUGCGUCAUCAACCCAAUCCUCUACAACUUCCUCAGCAAAAACUUCCGCAGCAAGCUCAUUUCUGCUGUGGUUAAAUACAUCCCCAAAGACCAAGCCAUCCAGAAAGGUGCAGACAGCUCCUCCUCCACCACGCAGCACUCCAUAGUCAUCACAAAGGAUGGCAACCCACCCAACUAAGCAGGGAUUGGACUCUCCCACUCCUCACUGGCAAGUGGUCCCAUGGGAGCAGCCAGCUUCUGGGACUCACUGAGGUCAGUAAGAUUAUUUUCCCUGGUGAUAAGCAGACACUUUGCUUUUAAAUAGCAUUUCUUGGCUGGCCACCUACUGUGUUCUGAAGGCAAGGGGAGGGGCAGAGUGCCAAAUGUGAAAUGAGGUGGUGUGGGGAGCAACAGACAUUUUAUCUCUGAUGUGCUGCUGUAUCAGAUCUAUUUAGCUAAAGAAACAAUAAGAGAAAGAGAUAUUUCCUGUUUUUCAAAAAAAAAAAAAAAAAACAUUUGUAAUAAUAAAGUAUAUUACUCUGUCUGCUCUGAAGUCUGAACACAAAGUCCACCAGUGGGACCUGACCCAACCUGACCUGACCCUCCUACUUCCCUCUAGCUAUGCAACCUGUGGAACAAGCAAUACUUUUCCUUUACCACAAGUUUUUCCGCAAUCCCAGACUUUUACUUACACAUGCGCUCUGCAUAUACCACACUGUAAAGCUAUCAAACAAAAGUUGUCCUUUUUCUGUGAUGCCAGCCCAAGGAGGAAAGACAGGAAAUUUAUUCCUUUGAAACACAAACCUUAAUUCCCAGUGCCCGGCAAACAGUUGAAUGACUGACUUUACAAAAUCGAAGGUGAUGCAGCGUAGAGGUGCAGAGGCCAAUACAGAUCUGAGCUUUAAACAUUCAAGAUCAGCCACUUGUGAAGAACAAUUUUUUUUAAACCAGCAGUAAAUGAGAUGGUUAAAACCAGGCUCCACUAUGCCUCUGUGCUUUCAGUGUGACUGCUGAUAUCAGACUGGGCAACAGAAGGUUCCCAGUUUGUGUUUUGUAGGAAGAGACCCAUUCCAUUAAAAUCAGCCUCCUUUAAAGCAUCUUGUAUCAAGUUUCUAAGGUCACUCGUCUUGUUUCUAAAUUUUGGCAGACUCCAACAGUCCUUAUGUAUAACCUUCAGUCAAGGUCACAAGAUCUCGCAGUGCAUGCUUUCAAUGCAUAUGUGUACAAAUAUGCAUUUUUCUGUUGUGUAAGAAACUAGAGCAUCCGGAGAAAGUUCAUCUUUCCCUGGAUUCUGCUAAGUCACAUGCUGCAGGUCAAGAUCUUAGUAGGGGAAGGUGAAAGAGUGACAGUCACUGGGAGUUAAUAAAUCUGCCAAAGGCCUUGAGCUGCUUAAGAAACACAUAAAACACAUUAAAAAAAAGCAGAGCAUAAACAAAUUGGACAGGAUCUGGGGACAGGAUGCUUGCACCACAGAAGCAAUGGGUGGAGGGCAGGAUGUCCCAGAUUGCUGGAGAAGCCCACAACCAGGGGUUAACAUGGAAUCAUGGCUAUUAUGGGAAGGGCUGGGAACAGCUCUGCUAUUUAGAGGGGUCCAAUGCCAGGAGUACUGCAAAGUACUUGAGGCAUCCUUCUGCAGAGAUGCUCUUUCUUAUUACUAGAAAAAAGUGCGCUUGACUGUGGAAGGGAGCAGCUAGGGAAGAAGUCAUUCCCUCAGACUCAAACAGCAGCUUGUUAAGAGAAGCAGUUUAUAUCUGUUCCUCUUUCUUAAUUAUAUUAAUUAUACAGUUUCACAACUUGACCGUGUAGAGCAGCUUAGAUUGUAAGCCCUUUGGAGCACAGACCAUCAUUUCAGAUCUGCAUCUAUACAGCACUUUUCCUGCUUCGUCCCUGUGACUCUCCUGGUCACAAACACACGCAGUAAAACAGAGCAGCCAUAAAGAUGGAAAAUGUUCACAGGAAGGCAGUCACUUACCACUGACCUGACCCACAGUUCUCAUCCAGAGCAUGCCUGAAUCUUCUUUAAAACUUCCUUUUGCUAAUGCUCUGUUAUUUCCACUAAAGAAAUCAGACUAGUACACAAUAAAAAGACAUUUGGUAUGUGACAUAACCAGGACAGCAAUAUAUUCAGUUUCAAGUUACUUAAACAUCUGAAACUCUGUAUUUGACCUAUUAAACAUUUUUUUAA